UCCCAGAGUCUUUGCAGUGGAGCUCACAAUCAGACCAAGUUUCCAACAAGUGCAGAUCUCAGAGAGAACAAAUGACAAAGAAUGUGCUGGUCUCCUCUGCAGCAACCUGUGGACUCUGGAAUAUAUUUCAAUCCUUCUCCUGAGAAGCAUCGAGCGACACCUUUGCAGAGAUCCCAGUCGGGGUGAAGAAAAGCAGCUCCUCAUUGGGAAAUGGUUGCCAUGGUCUUCUGGUUUUACUCACCCGGCUGGAAUCGUCAGACAUGUUGGAAUCCGGCUCGAAGGACCAAGAAGAUGUCAGUUGCAGGUCACAAGAGUCUCGAAUAGCAGGAGGCCACAUGGCAGGAGGUCCCAAGCCAGCUCUUCACACCCUCUAGGUGCCUCAGACUAGGUGGUCCAGUUCUCCAGGAGACUCUGAGAAGGUGGUGUGCCCAUGAGGUCAUCUAUGCUGGUCCUGUUGCUUUUCUUCAGUGCCCAGGCCGCGGCCGCCGUCAGGGAGGACUCGGGCACCGCCCCCACUGCACACCAGGAGGCUACGGGCGACUCCGUCCCAAAAGUGGACACUAAGAUCUUCAACAAGCGGCGCAGGCUCUCCCCCAGGGUGCUCUUUAGCGUCCAGCCCCCCGACGCCGAACCCACGGGGCGUAGAAGCCGAAGGCGAGCGGGCCAGCCUCAGAGCCGAGGUGUGUACUCUGUGUGCGAGAGCGUCAGCGUGUGGGUGGGCAACAAGACCAAGGCCACGGACAUCUCAGGGAAUGAGGUGACGGUGCUGCCGGACGUCAACAUCAACAAUGUCAACAAGAAGCAGUACUUCUUCGAGACCACGUGUCACAGCUCACAGGCGGGGGACUCGGGGUGCCUGGGCAUCGACGGUCGCCACUGGAACUCUCACUGCACCAACUCGCACACCUUCGUCCGCGCCUUGACCUCCUUCAAGAAGCUGGUGGCCUGGAGGCUCAUCCGCAUCAAUGUGGCCUGCGUGUGCGUGCUCAGCCGCAAGUCAUGGCGGCAGUGACACGGCAAGCUGUAGACCACUUCAGAGUAAAUUAUUAGUGCUAUGUCCAGCUGUGGGUUCUGCAGGUCCUGGGUCAGACCCAACACUGACUCCACUUGGAUUAUGCAGAAGUGUUGAGAAGAUGCACAUGUUCCUAUUGUAUGAUUUUGAUGACAGUGGUGGCCCGUCAGGACCUUCUCUGCUGGCCGAACACGAAUCAUGAUCAUAAAUUGAUAAAAGUUUAUUUGAUUUUUAAUUGACUUUCCCUAAAUAUAAAAUGUCGUAUAUUCUUCCCGUCAGGUUAGGCUCCAGUGUUGCUCUUUUUGUUAGAGCUUUAAUCCAACCAGACUUCAGCUAAGUAGUUGCCAGUGUUGCAUGAAAUAUGUCCCAAGUCUUCUGGAUCAACAAUGUAGGUCAAGUACAGUCGACUGUUGUGAUGACCAAUCAGAUCACGAGAGUGGGCCUCCCUUGGCUGCCACACAUGAAUACUCACUUGUGACAACAAGUCAUACUUGCCAACCUUGAGA